GUUCUGCUGAUUAUGGCGUCCGCAUCAAAUCUCUCCUCAGACUACCUGUUGAAUGUGUCAGCUCAAUUCUGCUUUUUAUGAUUAUUCUGAUCCCACUGGUAAAGGAAGUAUUGUGCCAUCCAGAUGGGAGCUGACCAUGAGUUCCUUCCACUAUGUGAUGUGCUAUUUAACAUUAUCUCUCUUGCGGGCUACUUUUGCGAUGUCGUGUUCGAUCUCGUGAUGAGCUAUGCCCUUUACUGCCGAGGAGAUAUUCAGUGGUUUGCUUUGUCUUUGUCUUUCAUUCUUGUUUCAUUGCUUGCAAGUCAGGUUGUGUCAGUGAGGUGGUACCUUCGUGCAUCAUGGCGAAAUGGGAUAUUAGAGAAAGGCGAUGUCAGCACAUCGACUGCUGAGUCGGGCACUCUAUCAGAGGGGAAAAGAAUCAUUAGAUAUUUGGUGAUUACCCUUCAUUUUCUACAAUUUGGUGUGUUGUGGAGAUAUUUUAAACUUUUUAUUCCAAUUGACUUACGAUUUGUCAAACAUGAGGUUCGAGAGCUUUGCCUCUUACGACUUGUUCAUGCCUUUGUGGAAGCUGCACCAAUGCUUCUCCUCCAACUCUAUUUACUGUGGCAGAGUGAUCAGCCAAAAGAAUUCUCAGACUUGAAUAUGGUCUCGACUGUUCUCUCAUUAUUUUCUGUCUGUUGGGCUCUUGCUUCUUUCAGCAAGAAUGUCCGCCUGCAUAAUAUCCACAGACUGGUGCUCACAUGGCUUGGAGUUAUUUUCCAAUUUUUUUGGAGACUCGGCACAGUGUGGUCAAGAAUGACAGCCCUUGCAAUUUAUGCCACUUUGUAUGGCUACUGGGUUCUUGUAGUCAUUGGGCUACAUUGGAUGUGUAUGUUUUUGUGGCUCAUUUCGCCAAAGCAUGCUUUCUAUGGUGAACAGCUGCCUAGAGUUCGUAAACUUGUAUUCUCAGCCCUGGUUGGAUUCAUAUAUGUGUUUGCAUUCAUAAAUUUGCAAGAGUCUAACCAUCGACAAAAAAUGGCUAUUUUCUACAUCAUCAUGUUUCUUGAAAAUUCUCUGCUCGUAGCUGUCUGGCUUGUGGGGAUUUGGUCUGAUCCUCCAUGGUACAAAACAACAGUGCCUCUCUUAGUUUUUUCAACCUUUUUUGGUGGACUCUCUUUUAUGGCCCUGUAUUAUCGGUAUUUCCAUGUACGGAGACUCAAUUAUGAUGCUCCCAGUUAUCACAAUGGCACUGUUAAGUCUGGCACCAUUGGAUCUUCACAAGGAAAGGAUAUGGAUGGUUCUUCUACAAGAUACUCUAGUGGUGGAAGUGGCCAAGUCAGUUCCUCAAAUGAAAAGAAAAAUCAAUAUUCAAGGAGACUCACUGGAGCCAGGGGACUUCCUAUUCCAGGUGUUUUUAACUGUAGGUUUGCUAAUGCAUCUGCAAGUUCAGUCGCUGCAGCAGCAUUGAAGAGGAAGAAAAAGAAGCCUACAACUUUUGUACCGCCUCCCUCUAUUGGCUCUGUAAGUGGCAGGAGCAGAGAGGAUGGGGAGGGAGGUGAUGAUGACCGUUGUUUAUUACAGCCUGAUGCUAUACCUUUCUGGUGCAGACCUCUCUCUCGACAAUAUAACCAGCAGGGUGGCUCAAGUGAAAAUGAAAGUAGCUGUGCUCGAGCAGAUAUCCAACAAAAGCUGCAAGAAAAGAAACAGAAACAGUUAGCAGAACUGAGAGUUAUUGAGGAGGAAAUUUUACAAGGGAAACUUCAACGCCGCGAAACCGCCGGGCCAACCCCGCAGCCGGUUCGCCAACCAGCUCCUUACACAAAACGUCAUCGGGCGCACACCCCAGAAAUACUGCUAGCUCCACGCUUUUUACAUUUGUAUAGGCUUCCUGAGGCUGUCAACUUAGGCAAUGUUCCAAAUAACAACCACAGCCAUGUGGUGCUGGCUAUGCCCUCUUCGCCCGACUGUGGAGACAGAUGUGCCAGUCCCAUCGACGGUUUACCUCAGAGAGUGCCGCCUCAAAGAGCUCCAUCAGACAUGGAGUCACAGAUCUCCUUGCCUCGUUCAUACACUCUACCCAGACAGUUUAAGUAUUAUCGGCAGGGCAAAACUCGAAAGACCUUGAGGUCAGAUCAUUUUGUUGCCUCAACUAAUUCAAGUGAUGGUGAUGUAGAUUCCGGUGAUGAAAAUGACUCAGAGGAUAGCUCUCCACAAGAGAAUGAAACAAUGCCACAGCGCCCUGUUCUACGCCUACGACCACCACCGUUUCCUUUACGAGGCUACCAAGGACCUGCUAAACAUGAAACUAAGUUAUGAUACAAUACAAUGACAGCCAGCUUUUCAAACUAUUGCCAAUGUAAUUUUUGUACUUAUUAUUUUUUUAUCUUACUUGUACAGUAUUGUAUGGAUUAGCUGCAGAAGAUACAGAGGCAUCAUCUAUUUUCUGUUACUACUAUUUUUGCAGCUUUUAGGUUUUAUAUGUUCACAUGACAUAUUUUUUUAAUGUCUUAAGCUCAUUAACAACAUCUUAUUACUUUAGACUAAUGAAGCUUCUGGCUGUGAUCUUUUAAUAUUUUUUAUAUAAGUAUAUACACUUUAUAUAUUGUUUCAAAGUGAAGGUAACUUAAGUGCCAGAAUGAAAUGUUCUUAGAUCUGAUUCAAAGAGGGUGUUAGCUGUUCUCAGUUUCUCAAGAGAAGGGUGCAGACUGUUCUUUGUAUUUUCUCAAAUGUGCAAGACUGAUGAUGUUUUACUUUUACUCUUCUCCACUUAGUUCAUCUUCAUCAUCAGAAGUGAGAGUGACCAAAAACCCUUAAUUCACAGUGGUUAUGGUUAUGUAUGAAGAGCUAUUUUUCUAUCAUUGUUCAUUUUCUGUUUUAAUUUUAGCUUUUAGGUUAGAGAAAAUUUUGUUUGCCAUGGUUGUGAAAGUAUACAACAAAUAUUUAUUUUUUUAAACAACACAAAAUAAAAACUAUGUAUGAUAACAGUA